AUGCAGUGGCGCUCGUUCGCGCAGGCCUGCUGUGAAGUCGCUCCUGGCAAGAUGAGACGGAUGGUGGCCUUUGCGAUCGUGGCACAAUUGGCGGGAGCCCUCAUGCUGGCAGCCUCCAACCUGUUCUUCUGGACCAGCCUGUUCGCCGUGGCGUCGGUGGCGUCCUUAGCGAUGAUCUUGCUCGCCGUCGAGCUGCAGCUGCGCAAGGGCUUCGAGUUCCUCGCUCGACCCCUGCUGCGAGCAAAGCUGGUGUUGUGGACCCUGUACCCGACCACGCGCAGCUUGAGGCUGGUGGGCUGGAUCGGGACUCAGACGGAGCAGGUCCUGGUGCUCUCCGCGCUCGACUUCUGCAUGGCGCUUCUGCUCCUGGCAGCCAUACUGGCAUCGCACAUGCACACGUUCUUCAGACAGGCUCAGACAGUCCUGGCCCACGUCCAUUUGAACCCAGUCGGCGCGCAGCAUGCGAGUCCAACUGUGUAG